CAUUUUACCUAUAGCUUCCAUAUUGUUACUUUAUUUUAGUACACUCAUUUUACUUCAUCAACCCUUUCUUAAAAAGACAGCCUCUAAAUCAUCCACUACAUCACAACAGAUUUGUACGAAUGCGGCUAAAGGCGGUAUGCGCAUAGCAAAAGGAAUGGGCAUUAAAGAGUUUCUAAUGUGUCCGUACGCUGCCGUCACUUAUUCUCUUCGACAUUUUGGCCUGAUCCUAAUUAUUAAUGCAAAGAAUCCGAACCCUGAAAUUUCAGUAACGGCAAAGGAAGAGCUGAAACAAGGCAUGGCUCUAUCGCAAAUGAUAGAACCAAUGUCGUUUGGAGCGCAUCAUACAAACAGGUUUUACACCGUGUUAAUAAAUCAUUUAGAAGAAUAUGAAAAGAGCAAGAGUGAAUAUCCCAAGCUUAAUGCCAAUAUGGGAUAUGCAUCACAAGCAGACAACACCCAGCAGCAGCAAGGUAGUAUAGAACACUCUGGCGCGGCGCCUAUGAAUACAGGGCCGCUUUUGUUUCCAACGCUCUCACCUUUUAUCACUGCAAUGAAUCCAAAUCACUCUAACGAUAUACUGCAUAACAAAAGUGAAGAGGCAUUCAGUUUAUCACAAUUUGGCUUUAAUACAGCGAUGGAUACUGCAUCACUGAAUGCGUUUUUACAAAACACUAUUACGCCUGGCUUGGAUAAUUAUGAUAUGACUAUAAACCAACAACAGCUUAUGAACGACAUCCAUACAUCCAACAACAUGUUUAGAAAUGAUCCAAGUAAUCUCUUUUGGGAUGUGCCACUAGAUGUUGAAUCAUUAGAUAAUUGGCUGAACAAUACGAAUGACAUUGAGUGGAUACGGUUUGAGCAAUAAAUAUAUCUCAUUUGCUAACAAAGGCUCAUAUC